UAAAACCGUGGUGUGGACUUUUCCGUCGAAGGAUGGAAUGACCGUUUUCUUCGUCUGCUCUAAUCUGGCUUUCUUCUCCAAUGCUGGUAGCCGAAGCUUUCAACAGCAAUACUUCCUUUUCCGUUUUUUCUAAAAUUGUUAGUUUGAUUUUUCUUUUCUGUUCUGUUCUUGGGAUUCUGAUAAUCCAAACGGAUCUUAAUAAAGACAACAGCGUUAGCGCAUAUGGUGGUAGCCUGAAGUAGAUAGCGUAGCAGUGGUGAGAGGAGGUUAAUGGAUCGACUUUGCUGUUUCACCGAAGAGGGAUUUGGAGUUUAAAAAUAGUACCAGUCUUAAUGGCCUUUCGGGUUUUCCUUUCUCUGUUUCUCAUCUUUCUCUUCUGGUUCCCCAAAAUCACUCAUGCAUCCCUUCGACUUCCAACGUGGUCAAGCGAAGACAAAACAGAUGGAUCGGUUCUUCAAUUGAAGAAAGGUGCUACUUCUGCUGGUUUUAAUCCCGCAACAGUUACCCAUCUGUCUUGGCAUCCCAGGGCAUUCUUAGCUGAGGGAUUUCUGUCAGAGGAGGAGUGUGAUCACCUCAUUAACCUGGCGAGAGAUAAGCUGGAGAAAUCGAUGGUGGCGGAUAAUGAGUCGGGUAAGAGUAUCAUGAACGAGGUUCGGACGAGCUCCGGCAUGUUUCUUACUAAAGAACAGGAUGAAAUUGUGAAGAACAUUGAGGCAAGGAUUGCUGCUUGGACCUUCCUUCCUGCAGAAAAUGGAGAGUCAAUGCAGAUACUGCACUACGAACAUGGACAAAAGUAUGAAGCACAUUUCGAUUAUUUUCAUGACAAGGCCAAUCAAGAACUCGGAGGCCACCGAGUUGCGACAGUACUCAUGUACUUGUCUAAUGUUGAAAAGGGUGGGGAGACUGUGCUCCCUAACUCAGAGGCUAAAAUGGCUCAACCAAAGGAUGAUUCCUGGUCUGACUGUGCCAAAAAUGGCUAUGCAGUGAAACCCAAGAAGGGUGACGCAUUGCUGUUCUUCAACCUUCAUCCUGAUGCAACAACUGAUCCGAGCAGCUUGCAUGGGAGCUGUCCUGUCAUUGAAGGGGAGAAGUGGUCUGCAACCAAGUGGAUUCAUGUGAGAUCCUUUGAUAGACCAAAGCGCUCAGGAAGUGGAGAAUGUAUUGAUGAGAAUGAGAAUUGCUCCCGAUGGGCAGCAAAUGGAGAGUGUACAAAGAACCCUCAAUAUAUGGUGGGCUCUGAAAAAUCCUAUGGAUUUUGUAGGAGGAGUUGCAAAGUUUGCUAAGUCACACGGAUUAUUUCACCCAAGAAUUCUGCAUGAUGAGUAGGGAUUACUUCCUUAGUUGUACAUAACAUUGAUCACGAGGACCUGGCAGAUUGAACUUUUGAAUCACAAGAGCUCUCUGUGCCUGUGAGAAAGCAGUUCAUGUAAGAAGUUCUUGCUAGAAUGAAAUAGAAAGAGCUUUUGAUGAACUUAA